CAAGGUCUCGACGAAUGGAUUGUUUUGAAUGAAUAUUCUGUAAACAAAAAAGCAUUCAUUCAUUCAUUGAUGGAGUGAUCGAUCGAUACGUUUAAAUCACAACACAUUUUACUCGACCAUUCAAUUAAGCCAAUCAUCGCUCGCUUUGGGCCACGAGUUAUGAUAUAAUCGCAUCCAAAACAAGGAGACCAUCGCUGACGAAGAAGAUUGACUCAAGAAUUGGUUGAUAUAUCGCGUGUGGAGAAUGUCUUCGUCGGCCCAGUCGUCGCCGAUAAGAGUGGGUUCGGUGUACGGGAAGUCGGGUCUCGUCUCGACGGCCAAGACGUCGCUCAACGAACAGACGGCUCGCCUGCAGACCAAACACUCGUACGACUGCGACCUCAUCGACGAUCUCAAGGCUUUCAUCAAAAGCAAGUGCAGUAUAGAGAAGGACUACUGCAACCAAUUGAUCAAAUUGUGUAACAGUCAGUCCCAUCGCAAGUAUCCCACACUCGACGCCGAGACCGACUCCGAUGUGAAGUCUCUGUACACGUCGUGGAAGACGUAUUUGGAAGAGACGGAUAAGUCGGCGAAGAAUCGUUUGCAACAAUUUGAACAAUUGGUCCAAAUUUGCGAUCUUCUCAAACAGAUUAAGACCAGAAAACUGCAAAUCUCUAAGAAGUCUAUCGAUCAGCACUUGAAGAAAAUGCACGAAGAAGUGCUGACAUCAGUGUCUGAAAUCGACAAAACCCGGAAACUAUACUUCGAUGACGAACACGUCGCACGACAGGCCAGGGAUAAGGAGGAAAAGAUUAAGAAACGAAAGGGCGGUAUCUUCUCAUCGCUGGCAAAAUUGCAGACAAAACAGGACAAGACUUCCGCACAAAGAGAGGCGUCGGACAUACAGUCAACUCAAGCGCGAAACGAUUAUUUGAUGGCAUUAUCCGCAGCGAAUGGCCAUUUGGAUCAUUACUAUAAUCUCGAUUUGCCACAACUCAUGCAUAACAUCGACGAUGACGUGCUCGACAAAUGCAGAGGAUUUAUUCUAUCACUGCUUGAAAGCGAAUUAAACGCCAUUCAAUUGACGAACCAGUCUUUAGAUAAUGCUUAUCGUUUGGUUGAAUCCACUUCAGGCGAUAUCACUAACAAAGCAUUUUUAGCUGAUCCACAUGAACUUCUGGUCUAUGAGUUCGAGCGGUGCGAUAACGAUAACAUUGAUGUGAUAUCAACGGAACACAACGCAGACAUUGCCCUAAGAAAUGAGGUCCAGAAGUGGUUCACGUGGUUCUCGAAGGAGUGCCGCAAUUUGAAUAGACUGUCGGCACAACUCAUCAAAUGUCAGGCUUUGUUAGCCGAAGGACAUAAGACGGUUGAAGUGUCGGGUCAGAGCUCUCCCGUUGACAUCGAGAACCGCAUCGACGAUAUUAAGCAACAGAUCCGCAAAUGCGAGAUCAGUAAACUCAAGGCUAAGGCCAGGCUUGAGAUCAUCAAAAAAGCCGGUAUCGAAAUGGAAGACUUUGAGAAUUUUGAAUCACAAAUUACUACUGAAAUCAAACAGCAGUCGCUGUCAUUGGAUGUGGACAUUGGUAUAGGAGUGCCGCUAAGCCGUACGCCUAGCCUUCGGAGCACUAAUAUCAGUACUUAUAGCGACGGCGGACGCAUAUCAUCUCUCGACGGAAAUCGUUCUGAUGACCAGCAAACAGAUACACCCGAUCACUACCAGACACCGGAACCGGAUUUGAAUUCUGGCCGAUCGGGUCGUCCGGAAUCGUCGAGUUCUGAACAAUUGGAAUCACCCGAUCAUAAGCACAGCACCUCCUCAUACGACACACAACCCAAAUACAGCACCUCAUCGUUUGACGCCCAACAGUCUCAGGGAUGGGAUAAUUACGACCCGACCCAACCCGCCUGGGAUGACGAGACGGCCGCUGUUGCCGUCGUCGACGAGUCCGCUGUUGACGGCUAUGAUCCCAAUUACGCCGAAACAGCGGCCGAACCCGCGUAUACACCACUCGAAGGACCACAACUUGUGGGCAAAAUAUGUCAGACUCUAUACCCAUACGAAUCCCAAAAUCAGGACGAUUUGAGUUUUCUGGAUAACGAAAACCUCACUAUUUUGGAAGCGCUGGACAACGAUUGGGUCAAAGCCCAGAACGACAGAUAUAUGAUUGGUUUUGUUCCGGCGGCUUAUCUGAUGCCCAUCGGCGACGCACCACAGGAUCAGUUGCCAUCCGAAGAACCCAAUGCCGACAACGGUAUUGUCAAUGAUAUACCAAUUCCGAGUGAACUCCAAUUGUCGAGCGAAGGCGCCCAUAGGACUCAAUCCGCUGACAGUUUUGUCAGAGCUAUCUAUGGAUAUACCGCCACUUCAGAGGAAGAGAUGUCAUUCAGCGAAGGCGAUAUAUUGAAACUGUUGAACAAAUCAGACGACGGCUGGUGGACAGCAGAGAAGGAUGGAGUGGUCGGACACUUCCCAUCAAUGCUGGUCCAGGAACUGUCUGACGACCGCGAUUCCGGAGCAUUCGCUGUUAGCGACGAAUCGGAAGGCGAGUCGAUUGAGUCGCCGACCACACCAUUAGCGCCACCGCCGUCGUUCGCGCCGCCAAAACCCAUUCAUCUGACACCACAUCAAGUGGUGAUCAUUCAACCGACCCCUGAGAUAGAGUCGAAGCCCUCGCUGGGCGAUGAGGACGAGGGUCUCGACGAUAAACCCGAUGCCGAUGUCAGCGAUGAUAUUGCCGAAGAAGAGGAGCCGCAAGAAGUUACCGUUGAGGUCGUCGUGAAUCCAGAUUUCACUUUAGAUAAACCCAUUCCCAGGAUUACUGAAGAGAUGUGCGAAGCGGAAACGGAAGAGUCGGCGGAGAAUAAUUCGGAUGAAAGCGAAGAACAGAAUUCAAUCGCGACGGCAGUCGCCGUCACCAUCAAUAUGUCCGACGAAGACAUUCAGACCACCGCUCGAGAGAUAUCGGAGGCAAUAACUCUGGAAGCAAUACAAGCGGCCAAUCAAUACAAUCAGGAAUUCAAUGCCCAGAAUAAUGGCAUUAAUAACGAUGACAAUAAUAACACUGAAAAUAAUAACGAAGUGAAUCAUCAAAACUAUUGCAAUGAAGAAUCCGAUUACGAAGACCUUAAAUGAGUGCAAAAACAGAGUAAUAAUAAUCCAAUGUUAUGUUUAUUUUGAAUCAUUUAUUUACAUCCUAUUGUUAUCUCAAUUUAUAUUUUUAUUGUUGACUACAAUUUGAAUACAUUAUACAAAAACGUAAACCCAUUUAUUGAAUCAAACUUUUCUCGUGUCAUAAAAAGCGAUACACUUAUAGAAUAUGAAUAUAAUUUCAAUAUAUUGUCAAUACUAUAGAAUUAAUCAUAGUUUUUGUUAUCUAAAAUACGCAAACAUUUACUUUAUACGUGAAGAUUAGGUCUGAUUACUAGUGAUAAUCCAAAUAUAAGAGUUUCCACCAAACCUUCAUUAUUAAGACCUGAGCAGUGAUUUAUUGAGUAUAGACUCUGUCUCUGUCUAUCCGCCAAAGCCUUAACUCUUACGUUAGUGAUUAAGUCCUCAUUAAGUAUUUGAGAAAAGCAAAUGCAAACAACAAAUUGUUUAUUGCAACUUAUUUAUGGGCUGUUUAUCACAAUAUCAUUAACGAGUUUACUUACUUUGAAUCUCGGCUCACAAUUAAUACCAUACAAAAUAUACCGUAUUAUAAAUAUCAUACAUA